CGGAAAUCGCAAGGCGCACACAGCCAUCGUACACACUGCAGGCACACCCCAUCUCGCCGCAGAAGCCAGAAAUGGACAACCUCCUCGGCCUCGGCUUCCCGGGGGCCGGCGGCUACGACGCCACGGCCGGAUCCGGCGACGACGAGGACGAGGAGGCCAUGAAGAGCCUCUACGCCGGCGCGGCCGCCGCCCCCGCCCCCGCGGAGGAGGAGGAGGUCGACGAGGGGUACGCCGUCGCGGCGAUGAAGGCGGGGGAGGAGAGGGGGAUCGGGAAGGAGGGGCUGCGGAAGAGGCUGGUGAGGGAGGGGGAGGGGCCGCAGCUCCCCGGCGCCGGCGACGAGGUCGAAGUGCACUACACCGGGACGCUGGCGGACGGCACCAAGUUCGACUCCAGCCGGGACCGCGACGCCCCGUUCAGGUUCACCCUCGGCCGAGGCCAAGUUAUAAAGGGAUGGGAUUUGGGCAUCAAAACGAUGAAGAGGGGCGAGAAUGCUAUUUUCACCAUCCCACCAGAGCUUGCAUAUGGUGAGGAUGGCUCCCCUCCAGUCAUCCCUCCAAAUGCAACGCUGCAGUUUGAUGUUGAGCUUCUCUCAUGGGCAAGUGUCAAGGACAUUUGCAAAGAUGGCAGCAUCUUUAAGAAGAUACUAGCUGAAGGCGAGAAGUGGGAGAAUCCCAAAGACUGUGAUGAAGUUUUUGUUAAAUAUGAGGCAAGGCUUGAGGAUGGGACUCUUAUUACAAAAUCUGAUGGUAUUGAGUUCACUGUCAAAGAAGGGCAUUUCUGCCCUGCUAUAUCGAAGGCUGUCAAGACAAUGAAGAAGAAUGAGAAGGCCCUCCUUACUGUCAAACCACAAUAUGGCUUUGGUGAGCAAGGCAGGCCGGCCUCUAGAGGCGAAGCUGCAGUCCCCCCUAAUGCUAUGUUGCAAAUUGAUCUUCAGUUGGUGUCCUGGAAGACAGUCACUGAAAUAGGCAAUGACAAGACGAUCUUGAAGAAGAUCCUCCAGGAGGGUGAAGGCUAUGAUCGUCCCAAAGACUGUUCAACUGUCAAAGUGAAACUUAUUGGGAAGUUGGAUGAUGGCACCAUGUUUGUAAAGAAAGGUCAUGAUGGUGAAGAGCCAUUCGAGUUCAAGACUGAUGAGGAUCAGGUGAUUGAAGGGCUUGACAAAGCAGUGCUUAGCAUGAAGAAAGGAGAAGUUGCCUUUGUGACUAUUCCCCCAGAGCAUGCAUUUGGAUCAGAUGAAACAAAGCAAGAUCUAGCUGUUGUUCCUCCUAACACAACUGUUUAUUAUGACGUUGAACUCGUUUCUUUUGAUAAGGAGAAGGAAUCAUGGGAGUUAAAGGAUAAUGCUGAGAAGAUUGAAGCGGCUGCUAAGAAAAAAGAUGAAGGGAACGUGUGGUUUAAGAUGGGCAAGUAUGCCAGGGCUUCUAAGAGAUAUGGGAAGGCUUUGGAUUUCAUAGAGUACGAAAGCUCCUUCAAUGAAGAAGAAAAACAGUUGUCCAAACCACUCAAGGUGAGCUGCAAGCUCAACAAGGCAGCGUGCAAACUGAAACUUAAAGACUACAAGGAAGCGAAGAAUCUGUGUACCGAGGUCCUGGAAAUUGACAGCACAAACGUGAAGGCCUUGUACAGAAGGGCGCAGGCACACAUGCAUCUUGUUGAUUUUGAUUUGGCAGAGGUGGAUAUCAAGAGAGCACUGGAAAUAGAUCCAGAGAACAGGGAUGUAAAGAUGGGUUAUCGGAGGUUAAAGGAGAAGGUGAAGGAGUACGAGAGAAGGGAUGCCAAAUUCUACGGCAACAUGAUCAACAAGCUGAGCAAGCUGGAAGACGAUGAGGGCUGCGGGAGUAGCCAGGGGCCAAGCAAGAAGCCGCGCAGCCUGUGGCCUCUAGCGCCUUUCUUCACGACCGAUGGCAGCAAGCUCUGGCUCGUUCUAAGGCUACUGAUCCCCGUGAUGAUCUUGGUCGCGCUUUGUGUUGCUUACUAUGUGCAGAGCGGAGUUCAUGAAAUCGACUGCGUCAACUGCUGACGACGCGUUGGUCGACAUGCCCAGGUCGUGCAGUGUUAAUGUUGUGGUGGGUCAACCGCUCAUGGUAAAUAUGUUUGUGACAUUGUUCUCUUUACAGUGUCUCAUGGACUAUCGUUUUUCCUGGUGGAAGUCUAUUGCUCAUUUUAUUUCGCUGUGACUUGGUGAGUCCGCACAUGGUGUUACUGUGCAUCGCAGUCCAGUUCACGACACAUGUACUACACCACACAUCAUAGUCUAUGGUAGCACAGGUCGCGUAGUGUCAUGUCGUGGUGUGUCUCAUUGUUCUCGGGGUACCCUUGUUCUCAUGGGUAAAUAUGAAUAUGUUUUUCACAUUCU